AUGCUCAUCGAAGAGUGCCCGAUAAUUGGCGUCAACGUAAAAGUGUGGCUGUUUUGGUCGUAUUUGCGGCGUCCGCGGUUAUCCCGGUUCCUGGUCGGUUGCAUACCGGUCGCCAUACUGAAUGUGUUUCAGUUCUUGAAGCUAUACUCCUCCUGGGGUGACAUGAGCGAGCUCAUUAUCAACGGAUAUUUUACGGUGCUGUACUUUAACCUCGUCUUGCGUACCUCGUUUCUCGUGAUCAAUCGACGGAAAUUUGAGACAUUUUUCGAAGGCGUUGCCGCAGAGUACAAGCUGCUCGAGAAAAAUGACGAAAUUCGACCCGUGCUCGAGCGGUACACACGGCGCGGACGCAUGCUAUCGAUAUCGAACCUGUGGCUCGGCGCGUUCAUUAGUGCCUGCUUUGUGACCUAUCCUCUGUUUGUGCCCGGGCGCGGCUUACCGUACGGCGUCACCGUGCCGGGUGUGGACGUACUCGCCACACCGACCUACGAGGUGCUGUUUAUCCUGCAGGUUUACCUUACCUUCCCGGCCUGCUGUAUGUACAUCCCGUUCACCAGCUUCUAUGCGACCUGUACACUGUUCGCGCUCGUCCAGAUAGCGGCACUGAAGCAGCGGCUUGGACGAUUGCAGCUGGACGCGUCGGUCACCGGUCGCAACCCGGGCACACUGUUCGCCGAGCUGAAGGAGUGUCUAAAGUAUCACAAACAAAUCAUCCAAUACGUGCAGGAUCUUAACUCGCUCGUCACCCAUCUAUGCUUGCUGGAGUUUCUGUCGUUUGGGAUGAUGUUGUGCGCACUGCUAUUUUUGCUCAGCAUUAGCAAUCAGUUGGCGCAGAUGAUAAUGAUUGGAUCGUACAUCUUCAUGAUACUCUCGCAGAUGUUUGCCUUCUACUGGCAUGCGAAUGAAGUGCUGGAACAGAGUCUCGGUAUUGGAGAUGCGAUUUACAACGGAACCUGGCCAGACUAUGACGAACACAUAAGAAAAAAGCUGGUUCUCAUCAUUGCGCGAGCUCAGCGGCCAAUGUCGAUAAAAGUGGGCAACGUGUACCCGAUGACGCUGGAAAUGUUUCAAAAGCUGCUCAACGUGUCCUACUCAUACUUUACACUGCUCCGACGAGUGUACAACUAA